UGCGCAGUGGCACUUCCCACAACCGCAAUAAGCAAACAUGGCGGCGGCCGUCGACAGUGUUGUGAAAGUACUGGGAGAGCAGUAUUACAGAGAUGCCAUGGAGCAGUGUCAUAGUUACAACGCUCGUUUGUGCGCUGAGCGCAGCAUCCUAAUGCCUUUCCUGGAUUCUCAGACUGGUGUAGCCCAGUCCAACUGUUACAUCUGGAUGGAGAAGAGACACCGGAGUGCAGGUGUAGCUCCGGGGCAGCUGUACACUUACCCAGCCCGUCGUUGGAGGAAGAAACGCCGUUCUCAUCCCCCUGAGGACCCCCGCUUGGCCUUCCCCCCUCUCAAAGCAGCAGAUUUGGAGCUUGGCCUUAAGCGUGAAGCAUUGGGGGCAGUGGAUGGCAGCAGUCUGGAGGCCCUACUGAAGGGGGAGCCCCUUGACAGGAGGAGCGGAGUGUCGGACGUUCGAGGCCCUGAGGAAGACUCGGCAGCUGUGGAGCCUGCUGCCACCUCGGCAACCACUCACACGUCCUCUGGGCGUGUUCGCAAGAGAGUCCUGGACCACGACGACUACUUGGACGACCUCGAUGAUGAUGACUUUGAGGAUGAGACCCCGAAGCGACGAGGCAAGAGCAAGUCCAAGGGGCGCAGUGACAAGAAUGGAAAGAAAAAACAGGAGGCUGCGGCUGCAGCGCUGGAGGAGAGGGACAAACCCUACGCUUGCGACAUCUGUGGAAAGCGCUACAAGAACCGACCUGGCCUGAGCUACCACUAUACACACUCUCACCUGGCCGAGGAGGAGGGCGAGGACCGCGAGGAGAUCGAGGCACCACCCACUCCUCGCCAGCCUGAGGAGCAGAAGACAACUAAGAAGGGUCCCAAUGGUCUGGCACUGCCCAACGAUUACUGUGACUUCUGUCUGGGAGACUCCACUUUAAACCAGAAGACUGGCCAAUCAGAAGGGCUGGUGUCCUGCUCAGACUGUGGACGCUCAGGCCACCCAACAUGCCUUCAGUUCACACCAGUGAUGAUGGCUGCAGUAAAGACCUACCGCUGGCAGUGCAUAGAGUGCAAGUGCUGCAACGUUUGUGGCACCUCAGAGAAUGAUGACCAACUGCUGUUCUGUGAUGACUGUGACCGAGGCUACCACAUGUACUGUCUAAGUCCCCCCAUGACUGAACCACCAGAGGGGAGCUGGAGCUGCCACCUGUGCCUGGUUCUGUUGAAGGACAAAGCCUCCAUAUACCAGCAGAACCAGAGCUCCACCCCUGAGUGACAUCAUAUCAACAUGUCCUGCCCCGAUGGAAACAUCAGACCUCCUCUCAGUCCAGAGCACCAGGUUCUGUCCAGAUGUAGCUGAGCAAGAUCGCAGAUCAGCUUUAAAAGUCAUAAUAUCUCCAGUUACAGUGGGGGGAUCAGUCAACAUGGGAAUCAAACUAUCACUACCAACCUGCCUGCAAAACCCCUGCGGCUUGCCAUCAAACACAUACAUAUUGUGAGUAUAUACAGUAUAGACACACUCUCUUCUGGACUGUUACACACACUAGAUACAGAGAAAGAGAGCAUGCAGUAACCACAGCAACCGCUGUCUUCAUGGGAGCUCCCAGGAGCCAACGGAUUAGCAUCACAGCUAAUUGUCUGCACGCUUUAACACUCAAAGACACAGUGUGGACUGUUGAGACAACACAGUUUUUUUUCUGCCAAAUUAUCUAUUUUUACUCCCUGAAUGUGGGAGAAAGAAAGAAAAAAAAAAAUUACCACUUAUACGGUCGGGGAAUAUAAUAAUAAUUAUUAUUACUACUAUUGUUAUUGUUAUGGUUACUAGUGGACUUUUGUAGUGGCAUUUGUUUGUGUACUUUUGUCUGAUCCAUUGGAGCGUUAAUCUUUUAAAGAGGUAACCCUGAGGGGAGCCUGUCAGUGCCAAGGUCCAUCAUCACAAGAAAUACACGCAACAUUGACCCAUGGAGUUUAUCAUAACCACGUCAACCAUCUUUGUUUCAUUUUAAAUCAGUGGGUCAAAGAUGGUUAAAAAAAAGUCUUAAUUUUUUCCCCACAAAAAUCUUUGGCUUUGACUCGUUAAGCUGUUAGCACAAAACCUUUGGCCUUGCUUCUCUAGAGUUGAACCAAUACCAACUUUUCAUCUUUGAUUCUGUUACUGGUUGGAUCAGUUACUUUAACCAAACACUAUACAACAGAGCAUAUUAGUAGGUUGUUAAUAAUUUGGACUCACGAUGAGACAGAAACAUUUUGUGAAAUGCCUGUCUUCAUGUUAUUUCUCCAUCAGACAGAGUUAACAUUGUCUUAUUUUGAAAAAAAAUUGCUUUUGAUUAGUCAGAUAAUGCUUUUUUUUUUCCUGAAGAAACUGACCAAUACAUGAAACUAGUAAUCAUUAAGGUGCAUCCUCUUCUUUAAAGAUGUUUUGUGCUAGCUUUUAAGAAACAGUUUUUAUCAGUGACAUCACCCUUCACAAGUCAACAGCUGCUGUCAAACUGAUGACACCGAAUAAUUUAUAGACUGUAGCUGCUUUUAUCAUUUGUCACACUGAGGCAGAUUUGCAUGCGGAUUGCACCUGUAUGAAUGCACACACACUCACACCACAAAUGUUUUUUUUGUUGUCUUUUUUUUUUUUACAUUUUAUAUUACCUGAUAUUCCAUUGGUAUUGGGAGUUUUUUCUAGUAGAAUUUUGUAAAGUCUAUGGUAUAGCAAACACUUCAAUAUAGCUCCUAAUGCAUUCUAUGUACUGUAUUGACUUUUUCUAUUUUUGUUAUGACUGUGACAUGUUUGGAUUUAUUUGAUUAUUCUGAUAUGUCAGACCUCCAUUAUGAGUAUUUGUAAAAUGAUGUACUUUGUUGUACUAUUUUUAUUUUUUACAUUUCUUUGGUAUCAAAGCCAAUUUAGCCUGACUGAAA